UGAAUUUCCUUUUACAUCCGCGGGGUUUCCGGAUCAGUCUCGUUGCAUUCGGACCGUACUUCGGCGGUGUGUUGUUCUGCCCCGGUCACAAACAUUUGGGGAUUCCUCCACGUACACAAAUAACAUUAUUUUGCUUCAAAAAACCAUCCUCGGUCGGAUUUAUAGCACAUUCAACAAGUAAAGACAGCGAUUUAAAGUGUAAGCGAGGCACAGACGAAGCAUACUACAAUACCGCAACUUGAGAUUUUGUCAAUCAUUACAAUCCUUGCCAAGGCUCUAAACAUUAAAUUGUAUGAUCCCACACAUUUCUUAUUGACAAGAUGGCAGAUUGCUAUGUAAUAGUUACAACAAGGAACAUUUUAUGGAUGGUGUUGUCAGUUGUCGCAACGCUGGCUGUGAUAGCUGGAAUUAUGACACCCAAGUGGUUGUAUGGAAGAUCAGUGCUUUUCGAUGACAAGAACUAUAAUUUUACAUCUCAGUACAUCCCGUCGGAGGCGAUGUACAGGCCAUCAAUUGGCAUCUACAACCGCUGUAAAAAAAUUCAUAAGAGUGUUGGAGGGGAUCCAGAACUAAAUUGUUACACUUACAUCAAAAACUUUAUGGAUAUUCCUUCAGCUGCUUGGCAAGCUUGUCUGUUUUUUCUAUGGUUUGGUACAGCGCUUCUAGCUAUUGUUGUACUCAUGUCCAUCGUGGGAUUUUGUGCACAAAGUAUAGGAAAGAAAAGUAUUUUCUCACUUGGUGGAGUGAUCCAGGCUAUAGCAGCACUCUUUCUUGUGAUUGGCCUUGUUCUCUACCCUGCUGGCUGGGGCAGUGAAACAGUUGGUGAUCUUUGCACAAAGCCAUCACAGAAACCUGGAGCUUUUGUACUUAAUGAAUGCUCGAUGGGAUGGGCAUUUUAUGCCGUGCUUGGAGGCACAUUGUCAUCAUUUCUAUGUUCCUUGUUAUCUGGUCAAGCAGAGAAGUCUACAUCAAGUGAUGACGUGCAAGAUGAAAUUUCAGACGGAAAGACUUUGAUUUGUCUUAUUUAAUUGGAUUGCUGGAAGUUGGCAAGGGUAUGUCGCAGUUUCCUAUGUUGUGAGGACUGUUGUCAUUAUCAACAUGGCAACUUUUCUUGUGGACUUGUACGUGGCUGUAAUGUGCUGUAGCUGUUAAGGUUCACUGGCAAAUUCUGCUAUUAAGAGAACAUUCAAUCAAAGAACAGAAAUCAAGGUGUUUGUUUAUAGAUAUAGAUUAACUUGUGGUUACAAAUAACUUUAAAAUAGUAAUUGCAUGAUUUUAAUCAAGAAUGUAAAGUUAGUGGUAAACUGGCAUAAAUUGGAGUUUUGACAGUGAUGGAAUCAGGAUCUUUUCCAGACCAUUUAUAGAAGGUGGUACAAAUUUCAAUUGAUUUGAAAGAUUUAAUCUGUUAAAAGGGAUGAAUCACUGAUGAGCAUGUUAUCAAAUUGUUUGUUUUGAGAACGGAAAUGUUAACUGAAAAGUUUCCAAGUAUCAACCAUUUCUCUUGAGCAGUUAGAGGGCUGCUCUCUGUCACACAUUUCAGAGUCACCUUGUGAGCUGUUGUAUUUGAAAAAGAGUCUCAGUGUAUGUUACAUGAUUAAAACUUGCUUUUGAGAA